ACAAAAUAUUCAUUUCAAAAAUAACAUCUUUAUUAUUGUUAUCGUUCUUUAUGUCAUCUCGUCCAUCCUUUCAUUGCCUUAGCAUUGUCCUCCGGUUCGGUCACUAUUUUGUUUGUGUACCUAAAAAAAUGGAGCCAACCCGAUUAGCAAAAAGCUGAGUGGUACCAAUUAUAACAAUAGGUACGAAAUAUAAUAGCGUAAACAUAUACUUUUCUCAAAAUUCUUUGCUUUGAUAAUAUAAACAUAUUAUUGUAUAAAACUGUAGUAUCAAGAAAAUCAACUUUUCUUUUACUCUUUGUUUAACUAGGACUUCAAGUACUUCGGGUACAAGACGAGUCCAUUAUCUCUUUCUGGGACUUCAAGUACUUUGGGUACAAGACGAGUCCAUUAUCUCUUUCUGGGACUUCAAGUACUUUGGGUACAAGACGAGUCCAUUGUGACGAGCUCGUACGUACGGCAAUGGAGGGGUACUGGUUAACCCUGUGGAACCUUGUGAACCGUAGUUCACAUACUAGAAAUCGUUUGAUAAUUUUAGAAAAUAUAAUUUGUAUUCAUUUGUAUCCCAUUAAAAUCCAUAUUUCAAAUUCAACUCAUAUUAUACUUUUAUAUAAACAAUUAAUACGCAAAUCUAAUACUAAACAUAGAGUAUUUCAAAACCAUCUUUUUCUCUUAUUUGGGUAAAACUCAAUAAGAACAUCCUUUUUUUUAUAUAAUAACUUAUUAAAAACCUUAUUGAGCUAAUUCUAGAAAGUUUGGACGUAAAGCAUGUCCGAAAUAAUUUGCGCUAUUUUUUUUUCCGAAUUCUAGUGACAGAAAUUAAAUAGAAUAUAUACAUGAAAAUAAUUUGCGCUAUUUUCUGAAUUCUUUUGAUUUCAAAAUAAUCGAACUCGGACGAACGAUCGUAUAGUAGUCCUUUGAUGGUUGUAGUCUUGUUUCGUAUGUGGUGUUGGAUGGGCAUUCUUGGUAUUUUCCGUGGUCUAAAUUCCCUCUCACUUGUUCGACUUUAUCACUUCCUUAUAUUUAUGCCAUCAUCUUCUUUCUCUUCCAUUAUUAAUUUUCUCUUCUUUGGAGAACACUGGUGAGGAGGAAGAUGAUAAAUAGUCAAGAUUUGGAGAACAACAGCCAGAGGAAACGAGGAUCUUGAUAUUGAAUCUAGCACCGAGAUCUAUGACACGAGUUUCUCCUCAUAUUCGUCGCAAUGAAGUCUAUGAUUAAAGAAGCUAUAGGUCAAAUUUCUUUACAUUUUCUAGGUAUGUUUUCAUCACAAUUAGCGGUGGGAUCAAAUUUCUUUACAUUUUCUAGGUAAGUUUUCAUCACAAUAAGGGAUUUGUUGAUCGGAAAUUGAAGUGGAUUGUGGUGGGGUUAAGCCGCCUAGCAGCGAUUUGUUGUGCGAAGGGGCUGAGCUGCCUAGCCACGAUGCAUAUAAUGACAUACAUUGUAGUGCACUUCGUCUUCUUUAGUCUGCACACUCAAAAGCCAAACAAGUUUGAUCUUUGAAAAUUUUAUGAAAAACGUUUUCAUCUCAUGAUCCAUAUCCAUCCUCUCUUCUUUAUUUUUCUUUUAAUUUUAAAGCUUUUGGUACUACAAGUCUAAGUGUAAGAUGGAAGUUUAUUUCAUUAAAAGAAUAAAUGGUUGCCUAUUAGCUCAAAUGGUAGAGCGGUAUAUACUACAAAUGUGAGUUCGAAUCUCACAUAGGAAAAUUAUUUCUUGAAUCUAUAUUAUACCUUUUUUAAAUACAACGCAUUUACAGGAUUUCUUAUCGCAUAUAGAGUCACAAAAUAAUAGAACAAAAUUGGAGUAAAUUCUAAAUAAUAAAUCACAGUGCAUAUAAAAUCAUCAUAGUGCACUCGUGUUAGAUAUGUAAUUGUGGAUAUCACAAUGCAUUUUUGGACAUUAGAAAUCUAUUCAUAAAAUAGGACAGGAGGAGUGGCAUUAAUAGUGAAAGAAAUAAGAAUGUAUAUAAAUACUCUGUAAUAGAAAGAUUAUUCUGUUGCAUUAAAAAAUUAUUCUAUUGCUUAAAAAAUAUUGUUUCGUUCCUUUAAAAAAAUCAUUCAAAAUUAAAAGCUUUUUCCUUUAUUGGCGCAAUAAAUAGAGACGUGAAUGGAAAUUUUUUAGGCUUAUUUGCUACUUUAAUGCAUCAUUUUUUUACAUUUUAGCCCCUAGAUAUUAACUUCCCCCUAUUUUAGUGUGCAUGUAUGUGUUGCACCUUACCAUAAACAACAUGGAUGUUAAUAAUCAAACUUUUCUAAUCUUAGCUGUCCGAUGUACUUGAUCCAAUGAUCAACAUCUAUUCUCAUUUCUUUCUCUAAGAGUCAUUCUCACAUGAACUGGCAUAUAUAUAUAUAUAUAUAUAUAUAUAUAUAUAUAUCUGUGUGUGUAUGUGUGUAUGUAUAUUAUAAAUGGAAUAUUGUAAAACUAUGUUUAAAAAUGAACUUAUUGAUAAUAAAUUUAUAUCACAAUUCAAUAUAUGUUUUCCGUAUUUUGUAGUUAAAGUUUAAGAAACUGACGAUAAGUUUAAACUGGGAAGAUUCAAAAGGGACAGAAGGAGUAGUAUCAUAUAUGCUUAUAAAAUUAUUAAAAAGGAAAGGAAUCCUCUACAUUGAAACAUACUUCUAUUGCAUCUUUUUAUUUCAUAUUUUAAGGUAUAUAUAUUUAAUUCUCUUCAUCUGGUGUCUUAGAUUCUUCUUUGGGGGCCUUCAUUUUCUAACUUGAGAAACAAUAGUGUCAGUUUUAGUUCCACACGAACAUCUCUUUAGUUUAAUAUUGCAAUGAUGGCAAUCUGGGUCUACUCUACAAUCAUAGUCGCUUCUGCAUGCAACAUAUGGAAAGAGUUUGUGCGCUCCUCCCUCAGUCGUAUUGGGAAUGCCUGGAAAAAUUGGGCAUUUACAAUAUGUACAUUAUUAGUCACAAUAUCUAUUAUUUUUAAUUAUUUUCAUUUCUCUACCAGAAUUUGUAUUUCCAUUUUCUAUUUUUAAUCUCAUCAAAAUGAAUUAAUUAAGGCCCUGUUUGAAAAGAGCAUUUUCGAUUAGUAAUUGGAAGCAAAGACUUGCCAACUUGGUAGUAAUCAUCAUGCACACAACAUGAUUUGUUUACAAUGCGUUGAUGGAUAUCUGGCCCAACGAGAUAUAGAACCGGCCCAACAAGCUAUUACUUUAAUCCGCCUGGAAUUUGUGUAGAGUGGUUCGAAAGGGGGAGAUCGUUUAAGCGAUUGGGCUUGGACCAUAAAUUAGCUGGCAAGAAUCGGCCAUUCUCACGGAUUGUGGGUGAUUGAUGACCAAAACUUUACCCUUAUGUGACCUCUAAUUUAUUCCACAUCUCAUUGGCCAUCGUGCCCCUUGAUAUUUUCCGAUAACCAUUCGGAUUCAUGGCACAAUACAAGAAGUUGAUGGCUCUUGCAUUUAGUUGCACUUUCUUCUUGUCAUUUGAGAUCGCGGAACUCACACGGCGCCUUGCGGUGCGAGAUUUGGAGGAUCAUGAGGAGUCAGAUCACGGCUCCCGAUCAUCGUUCGAGAACCCGUAUCAUCGCGAACCUCGCGGUCGUGAUUUUCGCGUCCGUGAUGACUAUCGCGGAAGGCUAGGGUUUAAGGUGGAAAUCCCUAGUUUUUCAGGAACCCUACAGGCUGAUGAUUUCAUUGACUGGCUGAACGAGGUGGAUCGGAUCUUUGAGUAUAAGGACGUUCCUGAACGUGACAAAGUGAAGCUCGUGGCAAUCAAACUCCAUGGACGAGCCUCUGCAUGGUGGGAACAGAUGCGGCGAUCUCGUGAGAAGAAGGGCAAGCCAAAGAUCAAUGAUUGGGAGAAGAUGAAGGGUAAGAUGAGGGCACACUUUCUUCCCUUCGGAUACACACAAACCCUAUUUCAACGACUCCUUACGUUGAGGCAGGGAACAAGGUCUGUUGAUGAUUACACUGAAGAAUUCUACCAGUUGAUUGCUCGCAACGAUCUGUCUGAAUCGGAGGAGCAGCUUGUGGCCCGAUAUAUGGCAGGCUUGCUUGAGAAGCAGCAGAAAAGGAAGCCGGUGACCAACAACCGUCCGGCUCGACCCCAAGAGCCUCGACUGACCACACAGGGAGUCCAAGGGACGCAGGGAGCUUCGAGUAGUACGAUUAAGUGCUAUCUUUGUGGUGAACCUAGACAUAGGGCGAAUGAAUGCAAGAAACCCGCUCUACAGAAGAGCCAGAGCCUGUUCGUGGAGGAGAACAUCGUUGUUGACGAUGAUGAAGUUGAAGAGUUUGGAGGUCCAGUCUAUGAUGAUUAUGCAGAAGAUGAUGUUCUUUACGGGGAUGGUCGAGAGAAUUUGGUUGUGCGCAAGAGUCUUCUGGCCCCAAAGGAUGAUUCUAAAGAUGAUUGGACCACUGGAUUAAGCCCAUUUCAGAUUGUCUUGGGUCAGAACCCAUCAGGGGUGCUGGACUUGGCCCCAAUUCUACGAGUGGGUCGCAAUCAUCCUAGAUCCGAAGAGAUGACAGAGAACCUGAGGAGCGUACAUGAUCAGGUGAGAUGUAAGAUUGAAGAAAGCAACAACAAGUACAAGGCACGAGUGGACAAACAUCGACGUCAAGUUGUGUUUGAUGUUGGAGACUUUGUUUGGGCUGUGUUGACCAAAGAUCGAUUCCCUGUUGGCGAGUAUGAUAAACUCAAGGAUCAGAAAAUUGGACCCUGCGAGAUAGUUCAGAAGAUCAAUGAUAAUGCUUAUCGAUUGCAGCUUCCCAGUCACUUGAAAACUUCUGAUGUUUUCAAUGUGAAGCACCUAACUCCUUGUUUUUUCAAACCUAAGGAAGAUGUUGUGAACUCGAGGGCGAGUUCUUUCCAACCCGGGGAGACUGAUCCAGGAGAGGAUCCAGACUGACAUGAACUUCUUGUUAAAGCCUUCAUUUUUCAGUUUCUGUGUCUUUGGGCCUUUGGCCUAUCUUUUAGUUAGCCCAUUUAUUUUUAUUCUUAGGCCCGUUUUGUCUUCCAUCU